CAUUGUUUUUCGUAUCCAAGAACAGAGAAUCUCAAAAACAUCAAAUAACAAUGAAGUCUACAUUGUUGGUGUGGUUCUCCUUUCUUCUCUUCGCCUUUGUUCUCUCCGUGCCGUCAAUAGAAGCUUAUACUGAGCCGGUGCUUGACAUUCAGGGCGAAGAACUUAAAGCAGGCACGGAAUACAUCAUCACUUCUGCUAUCUGGGGGGCUGGAGGCGGGGAUGUUUCGGCGACCAAUAAAACGUGCCCGGAUGAUGUUAUUCAAUACUCGUUGGACCAGUUACAAGGUCUUCCAGUUACCUUCUCACCUGCCAGCUCCGAAGAUGAUGUCAUCCGAGUUUCUACUGAUCUUAACAUCAAGUUUUCUAUCAAGAAAGCCUGUGACCACUCGUCAGUUUGGAAGAUUCAGAAAUCUUCCAACUCGGAGGUGCAAUGGUUUGUGACAACGGGUGGGGAAGAAGGAAAUCCUGGUGUUCAUACAUUAACCAACUGGUUCAAGAUUGAGAAGGCUGGCACAUUAGGGUACAAGCUAGUUUUCUGUCCUGAAGACAUUUGUCACUGCGGAGUUUUAUGCAGGGAUAUUGGGAUUUAUUUUGAGAAUAAUAGAGGUAGAAUUCUGUCUCUUAGUGAUAAACUGUCACCUUUCGUGGUUUUGUUUAAGAAGGUUGGGCCUUUAAGUUCAUCCAUAUGAAUGCUGAAAAUAUGUUGGCGCUAAAUAAUGAUGGAAUAGGCUAGCUGCCAUUGUCUCUAGUCAUGUUUCUUGGCUUUUUCUUUC